GUUUGACUGUGCUGUUACGUGAUUGAAGAUGUCUGCGACUCGGUACAGACGGUUUCUCAAACUGUGCGAGGAAUGGCCUCGAGAUGAGACAAAGAAGGGUCGUGAUUUGGGCACAUUCCUGCGGCAGAGGGUCGCCUCCGCGUUUCGUGAGGGAGAAAACACGCAGAUUUCAGAUCCAGACAAAUGUGACCAGAUGUAUGAAAGUUUGGCUCGUAUUAACGGCAAUGUAUACAGACAAAGAUUUCCUCGAGUGAGAGACACGAGCUUCACCGGAGUCACAGUUGAAGAGUGUCGAGUCCUCCUGUCAGGAAGUAUGCAACAAAGCAUGGAUGAAGAAAAGAAGGGCUUGUGGAAGACUCUAAUGGAGAGGUUCUCCUCUAAAACUGAGGAUGUUCCAGAGAAAGCUCCAGAAAAAUAACUUUUUACCUCUUAAAACACCAUUUUCCCCACUGUUGCUUGUAUAGAAAUAAAGUUUAUACAUAUGUUUGUGAA